AUGUUGUUCUCCUCGCUGCUCUCCGUGUUUGCUCUGCACAUCUUUGGCGCGGCUGCGGCCGACGCCGCUGCGCCCGCCGCCGACGACAGUGCUUCCCCCAAGACGCCUGAUCUCGCUGCCGUCGUCAAGACCACCUUCCCCGACUCCGACAUCCUCGGCGUGCGCCUCAUCAACGGCCGGCCGACCAAGGCCCUCGUCGAAAUCACCAACAAGGAAGAUGCGCCCAUCCAAAUCUCCGUCCUCGCCGGCGUCCUGGCCACCGCAAAGACUCUCCCCGAGGGAACCCCCGCCUACCAGGGCAUCAUUCGCAACCUGACGGUCGUGCAGUACAACCACGCCAUCGAGGCCGGCGAGACCAAGAGCUUCACCUACUCCUUCGCUCUUGACAUGCAGCCCCAGGAUGUGAAGCUGCAGAUCGCCGCCGUCAUCGCCAACGCCAACGGCGACAUGUACCAGGUCCAGGCCCACGAUGGCCUCGCCGCCAUUGUCGAAGCUCCCACCAGCUUCCUCGACCCGCAAAUCAUCUUCCUCUACCUCGUCCUGUCCGCCGCGUUCGGCGGAACCCUCUACUUUGUCUACAAGACCUGGAUCGAAGCCCUCUUCCCGCAAGCCAAGCGCUCCAAGUCCUCAUCCAGCGGCCCCAAAAAGGCCAAGAAGUCCGCCGACGCCGACGCCGCCCUCUCCGGCUCCGAGUCCGCUGCCGCCACCACCGGCAGCAAGACCUACGACGAGAGCUGGAUCCCUGACCACCACAUCAACCGCCCCGUCGCGAAGCGCGUCAAGUCUACCCCCAAGAAGAAGGUUGUCGAGUAG